AUUUUUUUAAGAAGCCCUCUAACUCUUUGAAGACAGACUUUGACAACAGACAGAAGCUGGAGUUAUUGCUGUUGUCAGCUUCAACAUUAAGGUGCAAGCUAGCAACAAGCCACAUGGGGACACUGCUUUUCUGUCACUCCUGAAAUAUUGAAAGCUUGACACAGGUGAACAAUUCAAACCAACCAUCCGAAACAACUGAGAAUAUUAUACCUAUACUUCAAUCAUGGAUGAAUAUCAGCGCUUGAAUAAAACAACAGAGCCACACCCUUCAGAGAAAAAGAAAGCUAGAUGCUGUGAUCACCUCAAGAUGUUCUUGGCAGCUCUGUCAUUCAGCUAUAUCUGUAAGACAAUAGGUGGAGUCAAUAUGAAAACUGCCAUUACUCAGAUUGAAAGGAGAUUUGACAUAUCCUCUUCUGUUGCUGGUUUCAUUGAUGGAGGUUUUGAGAUUGGAAAUUUGCUUGUGAUUGUAUUUGUAAGUUACUUUGGAUCCAAACUACACAGACCGAAGAUAAUUGGAAUAGGUUGUGUCAUUAUGGGCGCUGGAAGUAUUCUGACUGCUUUACCACAUUUCUUCAUGGGAUAUUACAGGUAUUCUAUAGAAACCCACGUUAACACAACAGAGAAUUCAAUAUCAACUUGUUCAAUUAAUCAGACUGUAUCACUCACUAUGCCAUCACCUGAGAUAGUGGAAAAAGGUUGUGAGAAGCAAUCCGAGUCCUACAUGUGGAUCUAUGUGCUAAUGGGUAACAUGCUUCGUGGAAUAGGGGAGACCCCUAUAGGGCCCCUGGGAAUUUCUUACCUUGAUGACUUUGCUAAAGAAGGACAAUCCUCUGUUUAUUUAGGUAUUUUGAACUCAUUAGCAAUGAUUGGCGUGGUUGUUGCCUUUUUGAUGGGAUCUGUAUUUACUCAAAUGUAUGUGGACGUUGGCUAUGUAGAUCUGAGCAGUGUCAGAAUAACUCCCCGGGACUCUCGCUGGGUUGGUGCCUGGUGGCUUGGAUUCCUUAUGUGUGGACUACUAUCUAUUAUUUGUUCCAUCCCAUUCUUUUUCCUACCUAAAAGUCUGAAUGAACCGCAGAACGAAAGGAAAGUUUCCGCAUUUUCACAUGGACUCAAAACAGAUGAAGAAAAAAAUCAAACAGCUAAUUUGACCGAUCAUGAGAAACCUGUUACUCUAAGUAUGAGUGAUUUUUUACAGUCCAUGAAAAGCCUCCUUACGAAUCACCUGUAUAUUUUGUUUGUGGUUUCAACCGUGAUAUAUCUCAGUAGCGUUAUUGGUGGCUUCACUUACGUCUUCAAAUACAUAGAGCAACAGUAUGGUCAGUCGAUAUCUCAAGGCAACUUUUUGUUAGGACUUAUCACCAUACCUUGUAUGACAAUUGGAAUGGUUUUAGGAGGAUAUCUUAUUAAAAAGCUCAAAUUGACCUUGGUUGGAAUUGCCAAAUUUUCAUGUUUUACUGCAUUCAUGGGUUUAAUAUGCCAACUGUUAUAUUUUGCUUUACUCUGUGAUCGCAAGUCAAUUGCCGGCUUGACUUUGGCCUAUGAUGGAAUUAAUCCACUGGCGUCUCAUGCAAAUGAACCACUGUCUUACUGCAACUCAGAUUGCAAUUGUGAUGAAAAUGAGUGGGAGCCAAUCUGUGGGAAAAAUGGAAUGACUUACUUGUCGCCUUGCCUAGCAGGAUGCACACUGGGAGAUGGCAAUAAAAAGCCUACUGUAUUCUACAACUGUAGUUGUCUUGAAGUUUCUGGUUUCAAGAGUAUGAAUUAUUCUGCUCAUUUGGGUGAAUGCCCAAGAGAUAGUAACUGUAGAAAGAGACAUUACUUUUAUGUAGCUGUGCAAGUCAUGGAUGCUUUUUUCUCUGCACUGGGAGCCACUUCGUUUAUCUUGUUGCUUGUAAAGAAUGUUCUACCUGAAUUAAAAUCACUUGCAAUGGGUUUCCAUUCGCUGGUUAUACGAGCACUAGGAGGGAUUCUAGCUCCAAUUUAUUUUGGGGCCAUGAUUGACAGAACGUGUAUAAAGUGGUCUACUACCAGCUGUGGGGCACGAGGUGCCUGUAGGGUGUACGAUUCAGUAUCAUUUGGAAUUGCCUACUUGGGCUUGAAUUCCAUCUUGAGAUUUCUAGCAUUUGUUUUAUAUGUUGCAUUAGUUUAUGCCAUGAAGAAAAAAUAUGAAGGAAAAGAUACUAAGGCACUGGAAAAUGGAAGAAAAAUCUUUGAUGAGACAAGCGUAGAAUCCUUAAAUAGCAAUGGACAUUUUGUAUCUUCUUCUUCAGGAGUGAAUGACACACAUAUGUAAGGGAAGAAAAAGAUACAACAAUACAGUAUUAAAGCAUUGAGGUGUUCUUUUUCGUUUCUGGUCAUUUCAGAAAGGCUCGCUACACUCUACCACUCUACAUAUGAUGAAUAAAACCUAUGAAUAUGUAAUUAAACAAACUAUACACAUAAAUAAUGCCAUAGUCAUUGUUAGGGUGUAACUAAGCACUUGUAGUUAACAUUGUAAAAUAUGAUGCAUACAAAUUUAAAGUGAGAGGCCUGCUUGGUUCAUAAUAGAAGAAAAAGAAUUUGUUAGAGUAAUUGUAACUCAAUGAAACUGGUAGCUAGAAAAUGGAUAGAAGGGAAAAGAAAAAUUAAUAGAUUAAAUAAUGAGAAAAGAAACAGUUGAUGUUGUUACUUAAAUCUGAAGUUUAGCCUUUUGGAGGAUUUAUGUUGUUAUAUAUUUUACAGACUUUAUUAAUUUAAAAUUUGAAAGUGUGUUUAACCAACAAUUUGGGUUCACCUUCUUUCUAUCUUCCAUUAAAACACUUCUGAAUAAAUUGAGAUAUUAAAAUAUUGGCAAGCUAUGAUUGUCAGAAAAAAUGUCCCAGAAGGUAAGAUUCUAUCACUCACAGAAAUGGAUUGAGAAAAACUGACUUUGGGAAUGUAAAAACCAGUUAAUAAAUAUGAUUUUAUUUUUACCCUUCUGUUCUCUGGAAAAAGUAAAGUUUAUGUCAGAUAAAAUAACAGCAUUAAUCAUUCCAUGAUUUUCUGUUUGUCUGUUUAUUUGUGUUGGUGCAGAAAAAGAUAUCGUCUGUUAGCUAGUGUCUUCUCUAUCAGAACGAGGAAAAUGCAUAAGAACAAAUAUUUGAAUAUUGUGUUUUCUAUUGGCAUUGACUGUAUUAUACAAAUGUUAGAAUAGUGUAGUUUUAAAUUUUUCUUUGGUAAAAGGGCUUUUCGUUUGUUUGUAUUAGAGUCCUUGUGAAAUUGAAAAAAAGUACAGUCAUAGAUCCAGAGGCUCUGACUCAAAACAUUGGUAAUGCAGUCUGGACAUAGCUUUAAAAACUUUCAUAUGUGAUUAUAGGAGCCUUUGAUAGAUGACAAGACACAAGUCAGGGGAAGUUUAAUCUGAGUAUAGCAAAGGCUAACAAAGCUUGCUAGAAAUUAGGAAUUGAUUUGGAAGUUAAAUGUAUGAACCUGCGUUCAAGCUGUAGACCCAUGAAAGUAUUUAUUAAUCAAGCAGAAACUUGGGGGGGGAAUAACCUACAUGCUAUGUUAGCGGGUGCCAUAUAACGAAUUUUAUGGUAAGUUGGUGGGUGUGGCAUGUGCACUAUUAUAAGACUCACUGAAAACUAACUAGAAAAAUUAUGGAGCUAUUUUUUAAAAUACUGUAAAACAAUAUAGCUAGUAUCUUCAAUAUUUGCUUAAUAAUUAUUGAGUAUAACUACUAAGACAAUAUGGAAUAUGGAAAUAAAAAUAUAAAAUAACACUUUUGUUAGCAUACAUUUGAAAAGCCAGAUAUUUAAAAAUUAAAUUAUAAAAUUUUAUAACUUAUAAGGAUACAUUUACAUGUAUAAAUGUGAUAUUUGCUGUAAAGGAAAGGUGAAUAUUAAAAAUACACUUUGAGGGCCAGGGAUUUAGCUCAGUGGUGCUGCCUCUUGCCUUGUAAGCACAAGGUCCUGAGUUUGAUCUCUAGUACCAUAAAAAAGAAAAAAGAAGAAAAAGAACACUUUGAUUUGAUCUACUGCAGAGUCCAAGAACCCAGAAUAAAUGAUAAUCUUUAAUCAAAUGCCAUUAUUGAAAAUAAAAAUAUAACUCCUAGGAGGAAAGUAUCAUUAUUUCAAUGAAUAAAUAAAUAAGAGAAAGUAUUCAAGGAAAUGAGGAGACUAUAAAAUAUCCAUUGGAUACAGUUAAA